UUGUCUAUGCUUCAGUGAUAUUUUCGGUGUGGUGGUCGAUUUGCCAAUUUUCACAAUAUUUGCUUCUGAAUAUAGGCGGGAAGCCGUAAUAUUCGGUAAAAAGAAAUAACAAUGAGUUUAGAAGAGGAUGUUAUGAAAAUACAAAAGAAAUUGACUAAGAUGACUUCGGAUGACGGCACGGGCCAGGAAGAAGCUUUGGAACUCCUUAAAGCUCUUCAGACUAUGGCUAUUAAUUUGGAAGUAUUGACGAAAACCAGGAUAGGGAUGACAGUAAAUGCACUCCGUAAAUCUAGUAAGGAUGAAGAGGUGAUAACUCUGUGCAAAACUCUGAUUAAAAACUGGAAGAAGUUUUUGUCAACUCCCAGUACUCCUAAAGACAAUGGUAGCUCAUCAAAGUCCAAAAAAGAUAGCAAGGAUAAGGACAAGAAGGAUGAUAAGGAAAAGGACAAAAAACUACCAGCUUCAUUCCCACCACAGUCUAAUACUACUGAUGCUAUUCGCAUCAAGUGUCGUGAGCUGCUUACUCAAGCACUCAAAGUUGAUGGUGAAAACCCCAAUGCUUGUGCUUCUCCUGAGGAACUUGCAGAAGAACUGGAAGAAUGUAUUUAUGCUGAAUUUAAGAACACUGAUAUGAGAUAUAAGAACAGAGUACGCUCUAGAGUUGCAAACUUGAAGGAUCCAAAAAACCCUACUCUGCGUAUAAAUUUCUUGAAUGGCGCUGUAGCUGCUUCUCGCCUUGCUAAAAUGACUCCCGAAGAGAUGGCCAGUGAUGAAAUGAAGAAGUUGAGAGAGAAGUUUAUCAAAGAAGCCAUUGAUGAUGCUCAACUUGCUACAGUACAGGGUACUAAAACUGACAUGCUCAAGUGCGGUAAAUGUAAAAAGAAGAACUGCACUUACAACCAGCUUCAGACAAGAAGUUCCGAUGAACCCAUGACAACAUUUGUUCUCUGUAAUGAAUGUGGCAACCGCUGGAAGUUCUGCUAAGACUGCUUCUCAAUUUUCUCUAGAUAAUAGUGUAUCUUUUAUAGUAUGAUACAUAAAUAGUAUGAAGUAUAAUUAUAAUACUACCAUAACUAUGGAUUAUCUACAUAUAUUUUGGUUUUUGCUAUUUUACUUGCAUGGAUCUUUCUACUCUCUCUAAGACUUGAAUCAUGUUGAGUAGAUAAGGCAACUUUAGUUAACAUAAUAAAUUAAUUGCUUUAAGUGAAAUAUACAAGUUUUAUUUUAUUUGGUCUAUUUAGAUAAUAAGGGUCAAAAACUUGCAUUUAGUAAUAUUAAUCCUAUGUGUAGAACAGUUUUUUUAAUUUAUGUAAAUGUAACAGAUUUUAAAUUAUUUACAUUUAUGUAAAAGUAACAAAUUUUAUGUAAAUGUGUCUUCAUUGUAGAAAAGAAAUGUGUGGGUUAAUUUUAAUAAAACAAAAUGAAUCUAUUUUUAAUUAUUUAUAUUUUGCAUCAUCAGCAACAGUCAGGUGUGGCCUUAUAAUUAACUUAAUAUAAUUAAUAAAAACGGCCUACACCACCUCAGCCUACCCCCUACAUUUUAAUAUUUUUAGGAGUCUUAUAAUAACAGUUUCAAUAUUCUUAAAGUGCUUACAUAAUAAAUGUUUUUAAAAUUAAUAGAUCUAAAAUACUAUAUAUUUAAGAACUUUUAUAUUAUAACCUAGUUAUGUACCUAUAUCUCCAAGAUAAAAUGUGACAUUUUACUUAAAUUACCCUCUAUAAAGAUGUAGGUAUUGGUAACAUUAAAAAACAGUGGAAUAUAUAAUAUCACUAAUGAUUGUGCUAUAUGCAACCCUCAUUAUAAAUUUUGACUAGGCUUAUAAAUGUUCGAACUUCUUAAUAAAAACAUC